AUGGAGAAAACCGAGGCGUAUGGUUUGGUGGCAGGUGGUGGUUUUGGCAUCGGAGAAGGGAUCAACUUUGUCACACUGCAGGGGAACAAUAAUGUUCAUAAAGAAACCAAUUGUGACCCGGACGAGUCGUCAGAUCCCACCGAGUUCACUCCGGACCUUGUCGCCGCGACGAGUUUCGGUGCCCAGAGGAAGAAGAGGUUGCCUAGACAGAGGCGAUCUUCCGUCAACGUCCUGGGUUUCCCAUCCUCAAGCUCCCACGUGACACCUCCCAUCCCUACACGUGUGACUGAUCCAAGGAGGCUAAGAUUUCUUUUUGAGAAGGAACUGAAGAACAGUGAUGUAGGCUCCCUCAGGAGAAUGAUUCUCCCAAAGAAAGCAGCUGAGGCUUAUCUCCCUGUUCUGCUGGCCAAAGAAGGGAUGUUUAUCAGUAUGGAUGAUAUGGAUGGCCAGCAUGUGUGGAACUUCAAGUUCAGUAUGGAUGAUAUGGAUGGCCAGCAUGUGUGGAACUUCAAGUUCAGAUACUGGCCAAAUAACAACAGCCGAAUGUAUGUACUUGAAAAUACCGGGGAAUUUGUUAACACACAUGGCUUACGGCAUGGAGAUUAUAUCGUGGUGUAUCAAGACAAUCAAAACCAGGAUUACGUCAUUGAGGCUAGGAAACUUACAGCUCAAGAUAUAUACACUAAUUAUGAAGCUCAUGCUUCGUAUGCUGAUUAUGCAAGGAAUGCUGUCAAUGACUACUUUCUUAACUAUUCUGAGGUAAAUAAAUCCAGUUACUUUCCAGAAAAUGUCCCCAUAAUGGACGAUGUGAGCAUGCCUUUCAUUUAUGAUACCACCUUCUCAAAUGACUCACCACUUGAUUUUUUGGGCGGAACAAUGAGCAACUACUCAAGGGCUGAACCACCCGCCAGCUUUGGAUCUAUUGAGAACCUGUCCAUUGAUGAUUUCUAUUAAUCUUGUGGUGGUGUUGAUGUAUGAAAUAGUAAUCUCUAAAACUAUUAGAGAGCAUGUAAUUUACAUAAUUUUAUUACCAUGUAUGUAUAUAAAAAGUACCGGAUGGCAAACGUGGUGAACUUCACGUUAAUGUUGUCUAGACCUGGACAGAUAAGAACUGCUAGUUAU